AUGGCCUACAGGCAACCAGGGCUGUCCCGGACGCUUCCCAAGGACUUCACAUUUUACGCUGGAGAUGAAGAAAAUCGACCUAGGACUCCAGAUCGACCGACCAAAGAGCUGACCAUCCCGCCGCCGCCCCACCAUUCUUCAUGCCGGUUCCGCAGACCUCGACUCACCAUCUCAACCCAGCGCGAACUUUUCUGCUCACCAGAUAUUCCAUUGCCAUCAAUCGAGCUCUCGCACGAUCCGUCGGCCUCUGUAGCUGGCAUUUUUGACGGUGCCGUGACUCAACCGAUGACUGAGAAUGCACUUCAAGUUCCACCGCGAGGCAGGGUCGAUCCUAGAACGCCUCCAGCUCAAAUCCGGGGCACCCCUGUUGACGAAAGGCCUUGCUGGACUUAUGGCGAUACAGGAGACUGCAGUCAUCCCAUACCACGACCAUCGUCUGCUUGUUCCAAUUUCUCGGAUUCUUCUGCUGCGUCUUCUACAUCUUGCAUGUCGUACGCGUCGAUGGGAGGAAGUUGCACGAGCCCAGAAAAGCGAAAUCCAGGAUCCUUUCAUUUCGUAUCCCUUCACCAGCUGCAAGCAAGAGCCGGAGACUCGUUCCAAGCCCAAAUAUCGUCCACGGGAAACCUGGAUCUUUGCAAACGGAAAUUUUCAAUCGGGCCCCAUUAUCAACGACUGCUUCAAUCCCGUAGCCCGUCUCCUUUCUUGGAAACGUCCCCCGAAUCGGCUACUGGAAUUCCGUUACAAUUGGGAGUAUCUCAUCGGAAAGCCGCCUCAUUCGCAACCCGAGAUCUUGGAGUCUCACUGGUGUCCAGUUUCCUGCCAACUCAGGUUGCAGAAUUGGGACCGCCAACGAGUGAUCUCAAUAACGGGCCCCAAAAUGAUUGGUUCAACAAUAUUUCGCGUGACCACGAACAACCAACCCGGACCCCUAAACAUUUUCACAGCCACUCGUCAUCGUCUCUCGGCGACUACAGCAGCCACAUCACAACUAGUUCCCUUUGCGACGAAAUUCCUCGCCUGGGAUCUCCAUUUAUGUACCAUACUUGGGGCCCUGAUAGCUCCCGCCGUCGUCUCCGUUCUGCCACACCGGCUAAUCAGUUUGGAAACGCCCACAAACGACGGGCCCUGCACCAGUUGGAAGAUGAGUUGGACUCGAGCGGCAGCAGCCUCCAACGUCCAUUCCCUGACCUCAUCCACCAACCCAGGUACAAUGAUAAUAUGGGCCAACGGCGUGUUCGCGUGCGGAACAGGGGCAUCACCACUGGCGCAAUUGGUGGUUCACGAGGACGGUUGGACCAGCUUUUCAACCCUCCAGCGCAUUUUGCGGAGUUUCGCGGCUCUUCCACUUCACUUUCUACUGGUACGGCUUCCACGACUAGUUCUACUACCGUUACGGCCACUACGACGGGGGCUUCCGAUGACGGACAGAAAAUGCAGCCACAGGAUAAUAAUAUCAAUAAUAUUAAUAAUACUAGCCACCAUUUGCGACACGGUGAUGAUAUCAAGCGACUGGGUUCCCCUUUCCACUCUGACCCCUUCAAUAAGUACAACAACCGGAAACAUCUUACUCCAUCCCACCCCCCGCGGCACGCGCCUUCGCUCUCUGAUCCGUUUACCUCAACUUCCUUUGCCAGCAUGCCCUCUGCUACUGCUAGGAAUCUAGAACAACGUCACCCCGUACUAAUGUCGAAUUGUCAGGAAACCCCCAACAGUGAGAGUGCCAUGACCACGCCCCGUGCGUACUUUGACGAAGAAAGGGGAGGGAAAGGAGGUUCGGGUGUUGGCAUGAGCGUGAGUGCUGGGCCGGCAAAUGGCGAUGGUUUUAAGCUUGAUACGCUUGAUACGCCCAACACACCUUUCUCCUAG